UUUACCUCCUCACCUCUGUUAUUCCAAGUACUGUUUGCAUUUCAUACAGAAAUAUGGGUUCCAAGUUAGCACAAACACUUUUUGCGAUGCUGCUAAUAAUUGCCUCAAUGAUGGCAGCUAGCACAGCCAACAAGGAUUGGCAGCAGCGGAACUACACUGGCUGGGGAUUCAAUCAUGGUCCAUAUCACCUCAACAAGACAGAAGGACCCAACAAGAUCAUUGUUGGUGGCUCGGAAAAAUGGCAUUACGGUUUCAACUAUGCAGAUUGGUCUCUGAAAAAUGCCUCAUUUUACGUCAAGGACACUCUAGUUUUCAAGUAUGAUCCACCAACCAACUCCACAGGUCCUCACAGCGUGUACUUGCUACCAAACCUCUGGAGCUUCAUACACUGCGACUUAAGCCAGGCCAAGAUGAUCGGAAGUCCGACACAAGGAGGCGGAAAUGGUUUUGAAUUUGUGCUCAAGAGCUGGCAGCCUUACUACUUCGCUUGCGGUGAGCACGGUGGCGCUCAUUGUAAAGAUGGAAUGAUGAGGUUCUUCGUCUUCCCAAAGCUUCGCGGCUGGCAUUAUUGAGAGUUUGAGAUGAGAAUGCCUUGACUUCGUUUCUGGAGAUGGUUUUUUAGUAUUAGAUAAAUAUGCCUUUGAGCAAAUAACAAAACUUUGCAUUAAGUUUUUUCAUAUUGUACGUACAACGUACUGGCUUUAUA